ACACACUUGCAUCGUGCGGAAACUUCAGGUUGGACCGAGUCACACCUUGCUUAGUCACCAAGCAGGAUUGAACACGUCGACUUCGUUUUCUUAUUUCCAUUGAAUCCAGAAGUAUCAAGUUCAGCGUAAACUGUGGUCCUGGUCUUUAUCGUUUGUUCCAGCACACUCUUAUUUUCCUCACAUCCCUCGCAAUGGCUGACAUUCUCGCCGAAAUUCGAAAAAUCCCGCCAGUGACGCGCUUUCUCGCUGCCUCGUCUCUCGGCAUAACCAUACCAGUCAUUAUGAAGCUCGUCCAUCCCUACAGACUAAUCUUUCUCUCAGAGGCUGUCAUUUACAAAUGGGAGUUCUGGAGAUUGUACACAAGCUUCUUUCUCGGAAGCAUGAAUUUGAACUAUAUUUUUGAGCUUGCCAUGCUCUACCGCAAUUCGAACGCGCUUGAAUCGACGCACUAUGAGCGCCGUUCCUCCGACUACGCCUGGCAACUCUUUCUCGCUAGCCUCGCUCUGAUCGGCGUGAACCGUCCCAUCCAAUCUUACUCGCAUGCUCGCGCCUUGUUUCAUACUCUCACCUACUUGAUGUGUUCACUAUCUCCGCCAGGCGCGCAAACGAGCAUCAUGGGGCUCAUCACUAUCCCUGUUGCAUACUUCCCAUAUGCACUCUUGGGCAUGGACCUCCUCACGGGCGGGACAAGUGCCGCUGCGCAGGGCGUGAGCGGGAUGCUCAUCGGUCACGCGUGGUGGUGGCUAGUCUGGGGGUCCGGCAUUGGUACAGGUGGUGUCGAGCAGGGCAUGUACGCAGGGUGGGGACGCGCUCCUGCAUGGCUGAAGAGCUGGUUUGGCGAACGCGAAGAGUAUGGACGUGCGGGUAGCAGGAGGGGUCCCGUUCAGGCGUUUGCACCGAGGCAACGUGCUGAGGAGGCUGCUGCUUCGGGGCGGGUGACGGGGCAUAGCUGGGGGUCUGGACAGAGAUUGGGGGACUCGUAGUUUGUCGUCGUUCUCAUUUUGACCUCCUGGAGGUGGUCCAUCCCUCCUAGAUCUAGGCUUGGUUGCUCAACUUGCCAUGUCCUUUCCUGUUGAACAUCCUGACAUGACUUGAUUCAUUAUGACCUUUGCUAACCCCCACGUGUUAUCUCAGUCUCCAUUGUCGAGAGUAUAUCGACGUCGAAGGUGAAAGCUAUCAGAAGUGCCGUCUUACAUCGACGUAACGCGCGGACCAUGCCGGGGCCCGGCGGUAACCUUUUUUGUGUCGCCCAGAACAAGAGGUUAUGGUCCAUGGAUUAAGAUUGAUAGUGCGA